CGGAGGCAGCGUAGUGCCUCUGGCCGGGAAGGAGACAGCGGGCGUGGGACAGCGAGCCCUGUGCAGACCGCGCCGCGCGUAGUGAGAGCUUGCGCUUAGUAGGCUCUCGAUGCAUUUCUGUGGAACUGCUUUCUGGUUGGGGAAACCUGAGGAACAGGGGAACAGGGUCCCCCGGGUCUAGUAGGGGAGCGUUCGUGAUCCAGGUCGAGGUGGAUGGGGGCGAGGCUACCGGAGAUUGUGGGGCAAUGCGGGCGCUGCAGGGAAGGGGGCACCGCCGACUGACUUAGGGCUCUGAGGCUCUGACGGGAGCGGGGGGUCCUCAGGGUCGAAGAAAAGAGGUCCACUGGGAGAGAGGGGACACCGGGACGCUUGAUGGGGGCUGAGGUGACUGGGGCACCCCGGGUUUAUAACGCGAGGUGGGAAGGGAUGCGCAGGCGGCUGCAGGAAGACUUCUCUGCAACUGCUCGGGGUCCUAAGAUUCGUGGGGACUGGGGCUUGGGUAUUCGGGUAGCUGAAGCGAAGCGACUUUCCGGAGAGGGGGUUGCGUGCAAAGAAGGAUGCUAAGAAACAAUUUAAGUGCACACCGUGGCAUGGACCUCAAGUUUGAAGGCUGGGCGAUUGGAGUCUCCAGGUCUGGAAGUUAAGAAGGGCACUCUUGACCUUUUUCUUGCUGCCUGCAGACAUUGCUGGGAACUCUACUGCACUUGGUGUUCUAGAGGUCUUAUAAUCAAUGGAUAAAGUGGGGAAAAUGUGGAAUAACUUCAAAUACAGGUGUCAGAAUCUCUUUAGUCAUGAGGGAGGAAGCCGUAGUGAAAAUGUGGACAUGAACUCCAACAGAAGUUUGUCUGUCAGAGAGAAAAGCAUCAGUAUAGGAGACUCAGUGCCUCAGCAACAAAGCAGUCCCUUAAGAGAAAAUGUUGCCUUACAACUGGGAUUAAGCCCUUCAAAGAAUUCUUCAAGGAGAAACCCAAACUGUGCCACUGAAAUUCCUCAGAUUGUUGAAAUAAGCAUUGAAAAGGAUAACGACUCGUGUGUCACCACAGGAUCAAGACUUGCAAGAAGAGAUUCCUACUCUCGACAUGCCCCGUGGGGUGGGAAGAAGAAACAUUCCUGUUCUACAAAGACUCAAAGUUCACUGGAUACUGAUAAAAAGUUUGGUAGAACUCGAAGUGCACUUCAGAGGAGAGAGAGGCGAUACGGUGUAAGCUCCGUACAUGACAUGGACAGUGUUUCCAGCAGAACUGUAGGAAGUCGCUCUCUGAGACAGAGGUUGCAGGAUACUGUGGGCUUGUGUUUUCCUAUGAGAACUUACAACAAGCAGUCAAAGCCUCUCUUUUCUAAUAAAAGAAAAAUACACCUUUCUGAAUUAAUGCUUGAGAAAUGUCCUUUUCCUGCUGGCUCAGAUUUAGCCCAAAAAUGGCAUUUGAUUAAACAGCAUACAGCCCCUGUGAGCCCACAUUCAACAUUUUUUGAUACAUUUGAUCCAUCCUUGGUUUCUACAGAAGAUGAAGAAGAUAGGCUUAGAGAGAGAAGGCGGCUUAGUAUUGAAGAAGGGGUUGACCCCCCUCCCAAUGCACAAAUACAUACAUUUGAAGCCACUGCACAGGUUAAUCCCUUAUAUAAACUGGGACCAAAGUUAGCUCCUGGGAUGACUGAAAUAAGUGGGGACAGUUCUGCAAUUCCACAAGCUAAUUGUGACUCAGAAGAGGACACAACCACGCUGUGUUUGCAGUCACGUAGGCAGAAGCAACGUCAGGUAUCUGGAGACAGCCAUGCCCACGUCAGCAGACAGGGAGCUUGGAAAGUCCAUACACAGAUUGAUUAUAUACACUGCCUCGUGCCUGAUCUGCUUCAGAUUACAGGCAAUCCCUGUUACUGGGGAGUGAUGGACCGUUAUGAAGCAGAAGCCCUUCUUGAAGGGAAACCUGAAGGCACAUUUUUGCUCAGGGACUCUGCACAAGAGGACUACCUCUUCUCUGUGAGCUUCCGUCGCUACAACAGAUCCCUGCACGCCCGAAUUGAACAGUGGAAUCACAACUUUAGCUUUGAUGCCCACGACCCAUGUGUAUUUCACUCCACCACUGUAACGGGACUUUUGGAACAUUAUAAAGAUCCCAGUUCUUGCAUGUUUUUUGAACCGUUGCUUACUAUCUCACUAAAUAGGACUUUCCCUUUUAGCUUGCAGUAUAUCUGCCGUGCAGUAAUCUGCAGAUGCACUACGUACGAUGGAAUUGAUGGGCUCCCUUUACCAUCAAUGUUGCAGGAUUUUCUAAAAGAGUAUCAUUAUAAACAAAAAGUUAGAGUUCGCUGGUUAGAACGAGAACCAGUCAAGGCGAAGUAAAUUCUCCUGUCCUAUAUCUGCUUUUAUGUGCAUCAGACAGUACACCUAUAGCAAGCACACAUAUCAGUGUUAGGUUUUUUUCAGUACAGUAUGUAAGCUUAGUGUCAGUAUCUGUCAGAAGUGUUAGUAUCUGUCAGAUGCGAUCUGCUGUUACUCAGAAAAACAUGGUCGCUAUUGAGACAACAGAAGAUAGAACUGCAGGUGUUCAGUAAGGCUACAAAUAUAGUUUGCCGAAUUAGCUGUUUGGUUUUUAAUGGCUGAAGUAAUUGAAUGAGGCAAUUCUGAGGCAUUUGCUAUGAAGAAUUCUAUUUCUUACUAAAGAACAAAUUGUUAAUAUUGGAUGAGUAUUUCAACAGUGUGAUUAAUGUUUGAAAUUAUUAUUUUUUCUAAGAAUUUUUUUAUAAUCUUCCAAAAGUAGUGAUGUUUGUAGUUACUAUAAAUCAAGCUUUGGAAAUCCAAAAAUAAAGACUGCCUUCCUUUUAGAAAAAAUUAAAAAAUAAAUGCAGUUUUCUGGCCACAAGGGCAUAGUGCAGUUACUUAAGUGUUGAUAUUGUUUAUAGUUAGUCUUUUUCUCUUCUGCAAAAGGUACUGUUAAGUAAACCAGUUUUUCUAAAUAGUAGUUCUUAAAAUUUCAGACUUAUAAAGUUUGUAGGAGAAUUUUAUUUAAAGGCCUUAGGUGUUAAUUUUUUUAAUGAGUGCUUUAACUUAAAACAUAUUGGGAAUAGCUGCUGCAAUUUAGUCCUUUGUAUGAUGUUUAAAGUUGACAUAUGCACUCUAAUUGUUGAUUUAUUAAUGUUGGAUUUUUUCCUAUGCCCAUGACAAGUUUGUGAACCAUGAAGAAAAUGAGACUAGAAGAUGCCCAAACAAGUCAGAAAUAAUAACUACAGUGAUUGCUGAUGUUGAGGUUAUUGUUAAACUGUAAUUUGGAUGGCAGUAUUUAUCUCUUUGUUGUAAAUGCUCAUAGCUGAAUUGCUUAAAGUACAAUUUACAGAAUUUCAAUGGAAUUGAAUUUCAUUUUUAAUGGAAAAUCUGAAAUCUAAGUUGCAGAUUUAAAAGGUACUGUACAACCAUUGUAUCUGUAAAUAACUUUACUUAGCACCUUUUGGUCAAUUGGAAUAGUAUGCAAUACUACUUGAGUGAGCUAUUUUGGAAGUAAUACCAAGUUCUAGUGUUUGCUUCUUAGCAUUGAACUGAACUUACAGUUCUGUCCUAGACAUUUUGCACUAAAGUAGUGGAAUCCAUUCUUGUGUCGUUUUGUUCAUGUGCUCUGUACCACUGGUGAGUGCUCCUUAGUUCCCUUACCUGCUGCUACAGAAAGUUAUUUUACAUGAUGGCUUAUUGCCAAGGCUACAAAAAAGAAAAGCUAUAUUUGUAUGCAACACUAACCCUUUGACUGCUAAUGUAUGUUUCUCUGCUUGCUGUGCCUUGUUAUGGCUGCUUUUUUGUGCUAAUAAAGUAUGUUUGGUGUUCUCCUUGUAUAUCUACUGUUUUAUACAUUUCCAACAAUUUCUCUUGUAAAUGGAAUGGAUUGGGGUUUUUAAAUAAGUUUUACCUGACAACCUACUAUAGUCAAUGCAGAAUUACUGUACAGUCUAAUAUUGACUUAUUCUGACUAAACUAACUCUAAAUGUAAUGCUAUACAUCUUUCCAAUCAUCACAUAUACUGUGCAACACUAUAGUUACUGCAAAUUACUGUGCAGUUUAGAUUAUAACAAAAUGAACAGAGAAAUAUUGAUUAAACCUGUUGAUUUCUCUGCUUUUAUGUGAAAAAUAAAAACUGUCAAUGACAUGUCAUAGUAAAUAAGUAUUUCUAGCCUCCCACUGCACCAGAAGCAGGUUAAAAGAAGUCUUAUGAACUAAUACAUCAGCGUCAUUUAUUGGUUUGGGGACCAUUUUAAUUAACAAAUGCCCAAAAUAUAGAACUUUAACCAAAGAUUUAUCUAUUUUAAAGCAAAAUGGGAAUUGAAGGAACUUAAUAAUUCCUGUUAUUCCUAAUAGAAGUCCCUGAAGAACAUAUACCAAAGUGUUUGAGAACUUCAUCCAAACCUACUUUACAGCAUUAUGUGCAAUUAAGUUGUUAUGACAUAAUUAUAUUGCAUAAUCGUUGGGUUCAUUUUCUUGAGCUGAUCAUGUACCUGGGAAAUAAACCUCUUGGAAAUGAAAAGUUCUUACUGCUUUUUGGAGACAGACUAUAUGUGCAAGCAAGAUCUUGUUUUAAAGAGGUAACUUGAAACUCCAAGAAAGCACUUCGUAUUUUAUAUGCUUGUAGCAAAUCAAUGUUCUAAUUGUAGUUUUCUAGAAAGUAUUAAUGCAUUUAUGUAUUUCAGAACUUUAAAUGUUAAAUGGAAAUUGUUUUAAAUGUGUAAAUAUUUGAGUUUCUGUAAGCAUGUAUACACUGUGCUAAAAGUCACUUAUGUUUCAGUUUGUAUGUAAUAUUAAUAUGCAACUUUUGAUUUAAAAAUUUUUUCUUGAAAUAUUAGUGGCUUACAUUUUAAAAAAGAAAAAUCACCAGCAUGAAAUUACACCGAAGUCUAUAUUCACUGUGUCUUUUUCUGAAUCCCAUUGUAGUCUGUCAACUAAAUUUGUGUUUUCAUGGUC